GUGAAUGGGGCGGUUCGCAGCGCAAACAUGAUACCAAACACAUGUCGGAGCCGCAGAAUAAGGGUGGUAGUGUAGACGCUCAAGGAUCAGCUAAUGGCCUUAAAAUUGACCCUGCUCCUGAGGUGGACAAGGUUAAACUUGGAGAAGAUGGUUGGAAAGAGAGAUACUAUGUGCAUAACUUUCAGCUUAACUCGGAAAAUGAAUGUGAGAGGAUUCAGCGACAAGUGGUGAGAAUUAUAUUUUUUUAUUUUUCUUCAUUGAUUCUACUUUGGUGCAUCAUGUUUUUUGAUUCCUUGCAUAAUUUUUCUAUAUGAAUUAGUCGCUGCUUUCUUUCUUCAUUUGACAAGGAUUUUGGCCCAUUGUAAUUGUUGUCCAAUUUCUUAAUUUCUUUCCUUAACUCUCCCUAAAAGUUCUCUAAUUUAUACUGGAUUCAUUCCGUUGGACAACUAUGUUAAUUGGUCGUUUUCUAAUUUACAUAGGUAGAGAAAUAUAUAGAAGGACUAUCCUGGGUUAUGCACUACUACUACGAAGGGGUAACUACGAAGGGGUAUGCUCAUGACAAUGGUAAGCGGUUUUUCUAUUUGAAUAUCGUCAUUUCCCUGCAUGAGUCUCUAUUCUUCUCUUACAACUCCAUCUUGAAGAUGCCUGAGUAGAACCACAGAUGCUGUGAGGCGUCUGGUCGUUUUUGCUUCUGAAUGCUCGAUCCGAAUUGUGGCAAAUCACCACAAUUUCUACAUGUUCCUUAGUUAUGCAAGAAGAUUUUGGCCCAAACCUCUCUGGCUUUAUUCUUGACCAAUAACAUGAAUUCUAAGUAGUUUAACUAGGCUACUACUUCAUUUUUCUUGUCAAUUGAUAUGUGUUGAUGUCGUGUGAAGUAACAAACUUACCGAAGCAAAUUUCUGCAUCCAAUUUACAAUCGACCCUCUGAUCCUUGAGGAACUUCGUCACAUACUCAAAAAUCACUUUCCCCACUGGUGCAUGAUCCUCCUUAGCAACUCGGGCAUUGGGCUGUCGAGUAGGAAAGUC